CAAUCACUUGUUUAACCGCACCGACGGUAAAAUGAGUUUUCGACAAGCAACCUUCGCAUCGAGGUGGGCGCUUCAACACUCUUUUAAGGGUGAUGAUUGGAGGAUAUUUCUCUUUUCUGAAGGAUGUCCUUUGUACUCAGUGGGCAAUAGUCACAGCUUUGUUCCUGUUAUUUGCUGUGUAUAUUACACCGAAGAUUUUAGUUAUUGUCUUGUCGUCAUUUCUCAGCAAAUUCAUUCCAUGUAUCCUCACUGUUCAGAGAUUUGGAUUUAUUUGGGCUCAUGGUAUAAGCAUCACGUUUAUAAGUGGAGAGUGUAUGUGUGUGAAAGCUGUCUAUCUGAGCAGUAGUUUGUGGAACACGAAGGCUAAAACCUUGGUGUCCGCGGUGGUGACGGGCGUUGAAUUUCGUGUAACAGAUGUUGGGUUACAUAGUAUAGUAAAGGUAAUCCAACGUAAGGGAGAUGACGAAAAUCGAAAUGCAUCUAGGAAAUACUCUUUCAAGUCUUGGAGAACUAGAUUAAUGUCUUUCCUUUCAGUAGAUAUUUCAUCCAUACAAAUAAUUGUCUUGUCAACUAAAUUUUUGGAUGAAACUUAUUUCAUAAAUUGCAAGGAAAAUGAGAAUACUAGUGAUUCUAUCUGUCGUCAGUGUUCCACUCUUAUCAAUGGUUCCGUUAGUAGUAAUUCUCAGUCUACACAAUUUAGUCAACAAAUCCAUUUAAACAAAACUAGUAAAUUUGCUUUAACUUUACAGUUAACAAAUGUAACAAUGUUAUUUCAUGUCAGUAUGAGACAGGCUUAUGUGAAUCUACAUGUGUCACAUAUUUGUGGAAAGUUAUUGUGUAUGCCAGUAUUCUCAGAGAAUUGGUUACACAAUGAUAUAAACAAGAAUUGGGAUGUUAUGUUUGAAAAUUGUUAUAUACUUGGUCAUCUUCGAUUGAGAUUGUUUAUUAGUAUUCUUUUAGAGCUUCAAAAUUUUAACAGUUCCACACCGAUGAGUUCAUUUAUUAAAUCAAUAGAUUUAAAAUUAUAUGGAUUACGUGUUGCUGUUUUGGAAGAGUUAAUUGAUUUGUUAAAUUGGAAGCUGUAUACAAGUCAGACAAGUAUUUUAUUAUCCGCAUCAUCGAAUACCACGUCGACGCUUUCUUCACCACUAACCAAAUCACUACCUUCAACAAAAACACCACCAUACACUACUCAUUGCCAUCUAAUCAAUCGUCAUCAUCAAAUCGAAAAUCAGACAUUGAAGCAUCCUCCUUUCGGUUUAAAACAAGAACACGCGGGAACUUCACUCUGUGAGAAUGAUGAAAUAAUUCAGUCACAUUUUCAAUCUGUUCAACAAAUGAAUCAUUCAAUUAAAUUGUGUUUAGCAUUUCUACCCUUGGAAUGUAUGAAUCCCGCCGAACAACAAGAAAAACAAGAAAACCAUGAAAAUUCAUUUUUACCAGAAAUGGGAUUUCAUUUUGAAAUAAUUCGAUAUUCAUUUAAAAGGAGUUUACAAUUGUAUUUUAUAUCUUCGCAUUUAUCUAUGGAAUUCGAUAUACUGACGAAUAUUAGAAUGGAUAUACAUGACGAUUUUUCUACAACAUCUAAUUCAAUGCUCACUGAUCAUUGCUCUACUCAUCAUAUAAGUAGUAUUAGCCUUUCAACUUUUCGAUUUCAUUUGGACGCUUUACGUCUGUUGAAUGGUUGGAAUAAUCAGACUGAAUAUUGCUUAUUAGAUGUCAGGAUUCAUUUAAUUGAAGUGACUGAACAACUUGAAUCAUCUGUAUGCAAUCUAUACAUCAAUAUUCUUCAUCCAUUUGUAUUUUAUACACAUGAAAGCGUUGAAGAAUUGAGAUUUUAUCAAAAGUUAAUCACAUAUUGUUAUUUAAUUGGACAAUGGUGGAGAGUAUUUCGUCGAAGCAUAGAACCAUUUACUACGACAGCUACCACCACCACCACCACCACUACUGCUGCUGCUCCUACUAAAAGUGAUAUUCUCUCGUCAUCCUCAGUGUUCUAUAAUAAUAACAAUAAUAAUCUCCACAUCAAUCAUAACACUGACAUAAAGGUUGAAUACUGUUCACAGAAUAAAUAUCCUAAGAUAUUUCAAUAUCUUGGAUUAAGCUCCCAUCAAUUAAAUGCACGUAUACACCUUGCUGGUAUUAGUAAUAAUAAUAAUAAUAAUAGUACUGUUGGAAGUAAUGAUACUCAUCCCAGUGGUACACCUUCUAAAUCAUUUAGUUUUAUCAAUAACCCUGAAAAGAAGCAGUUGAAUCAAUAUUCUUCUCAUUAUGAUCAAAUACUUAUGGAGAGAAUGAAGAAUAAAGAAAUCCCACAGAUUUUAUGCAUACUUUUUCCACAUCCUGAUUCACCUGGACUACAGUUUGGAUUAUUAAAUUCUGUGAUAAAUCUUCAGUGUGAUUUUCAUGAUUUUAAUAUUGAAAAACCUAUGGAAAUUUUACAUUCAACAGAUUUUAAUUUAACUUCAUCAAGUAUACAUAUCUGUUUGUUGGAUAAAAUGAAUUUGCAUUCAUCAGUACCUGUACCACAUGUUUUUAGUCAAACUAAUAUUUCACAAAUCACAUCACAUUCCUUACAGUUAUACAACAGUCUUUCUUCACUUCGUUCUACUCCUACACCAUUAUCAUCGUUAUCAACAUCAGCAUCAUCAAAUCUAACAUACUCAUAUAUUCGUCAAUUGCCUAGCUUAAAUGAACAUUAUUGGGGAUAUUUAUUAUAUAUACAUGAAAUUGAUAUUUGGAACCAUAAAUGUCAAAUUGGUUUUAAAUUGACCAGUACACGAAUAGAAUGGCCAUCAUUAGCAAUCAGUCGGUUAGCGCAUUACGUUCAAUUGCAAUGCCAAAAUUAUGAGCUUACACAAAAGACCAGCUGUAAGCGUCAUUAUAGUACUACUCAUAAUCGUAAUAGUAGUAGUAGUAUCACAAAAGGUAUUAAUCGUUAUCAUAUCAGUGAAGAUUAUUCAUCAGUAAAGAAUUCAAUACAAUUCGAUGGAGUUUUAGAAAAUAUCAAUCUUUUUCUUGUUAGUAAUAAUAACACAUUUCUCAUGUUACGCAUAGACAGUCAACGUAUCUCAUCCCAAUUCACUUCACCUACUCAUCAAACAGAUAAACUAGCCACUCUGAAUAGUUCAACACAUGUAACACUGACUGGUAAUAAAUUUAUUUACAGUUCACAUGUAAUAAUGCCUAAUACAUAUUCAAUGGCUUCAAUAUAUCCAUAUAAAAUAUUGUCAAGUACUGAUAUCAUUAUAAAAGAUGACGAUGACGGUAAUGGUGUUGGUGGUGAUGUAAUUUUCUCAUUGCCUGAAGUUCAUGCAGAUAUUAGAUUACCGCAUAAGUGUAUUGAUAUCUCACCAAUUGGUUCUGGUGAAUUUGUCUGGUCAUUAGCAUUUCAUUUAUGCUUACGGAGUAUAUUACAAUCAUGGAAAGAAAUUAGUGGGAAAUUUUCGUCAGGAUUCAACCAAUUAUUCUCUACGGAGAUGAAAGAUUUGUCUAACUGUAAUUGUCAACAGAUUCAGUCGGUUAAAUCAUCGCAAAUGCCACCGCCACUGCCACCAACUUCAUCAUCAUCCUCCUCCUCCACAGCGCCAACAACUGGAGGGACAUCAUCCACCUUCACGUUACUCUCUGGACUGCGUAAAACGAGUAGUACGACAACACCGACUCCGAUCAGCAGUAGUGGUAAAGAUAAUCCUGUUGUAUGGAGAUUUAACCUGAAGACUAAUGAAUCAAUUAUUCAAUUGUAUUUCAAAUUAUUAUCUAAACAGCAUUUUAUUCUACUACGCGUAGACAGUUUAUCUUUUUCGUAUAUUUCAAAACUAUCAACUGUUGCUACUAAUAAUAUUAAUAUCAGUAGUAAUAACAGCAUCCAUGACAGAGGUGUUCAUCUCGUGGAUAGCAGCGGUGUUGUUGGUAGUCGUAUAAAGCUGAAUUGUGAAAGAUUAGUGUUGAAAUGUGAGGAUCAAACAAUCGCUGUCUUUCAGAAUUUAAAAAUUCGUCGAAGACCAGAAAAUAUUCAACAUCGUGUGGAACACCUUAAAAUGGGUUUGAUUAAUCAAGAAAAUUCUUCUUGGGAAUUUUAUAUGGACUUACUCUACAUUACAUUUCCAUUUCGAUAUAAAUUUCGUGAUAUCUAUCAAGAGGCAUCAUCUAUUAGAAGAUUUCUACGUAAAUUACAGUCCAAUGAAAGUAUAUAUCAUGAAUUGGAUGAAUCAACACCUACUGAUGAGUUAACAUAUUCUUCUUCUAUUCCUGCACCAAAUGACACACGUACAGGAUCAAGUAAAUUUUUCCUUGAAUCGCCUACUGCUAUGUCACCCCCACCACUACCAACACCAACUGGAAUACCUUGUACUAUCACUACUACAACAACUACUACUACUACUUCAAGAAUGGUGUCAAAUUUACUGUUGGAUUCUGAUUCUGUUUCAAAAACUACACCGAUUAUUAAUCACGAUCGAAUUCUACAUAUUAAAAGACUUAUUAUUGAAAUUAAAGAUGAUCCAUUCGAGUGUAAACUGAACGAUAUUCAUACUAUUUUAUUGGAUGAAUUUGCUAUGCAUGAAAAACGUGUGAAUAAGCUACGUGAACAUCUGACAAGAGCAGCACAAUCUGGAAUACGUAUUUCUGACGAAGAACGUCAAGCAUGUUUUGCCCGUAUAGAAAUACAACGAGCUAAUGAAUAUCGGAAUCGGUUAACUCGUUUCUAUCAAGAUUAUGCUAUAUCUGAUGAAUUAUUCAUAUUUACAAUGGAUAAUUUAAAAAUUAAAGCACUAGCUGAUGGUAGUUUAACUACAGGGGAACAGAUUAUUGAACAAAUGAAAAUGAUGGAUGAUGAAAGUCCUUGGCCAAAUCUAACCGAUAAAGAUUUCUGCACACUUUGGUGUCGUAUCAUCACAUUGAAUGUGGAUCGUUGGCGUUUUCAGUUAAGAGAUUAUCCCAAACCGUGUUGGGAUGUGACAGAUUUAUUUCUCUGGGGUAAAUUAGUCAUUGCUGAACAGGUAGCUGAUGAAAAAGGUCAGCGUAAAGUUUCAAUUGAACCUGGUAAACCUUGGCCAAAGUACACGCUUAUUCGUGGUAGUUCACCCACAAAAUUUUAUUAUGAUUUAAAUGCAGAUGUCAAGUCAUUGCAUAUAUGUUAUGGUGCUAAUUGGGAGCCGACAAUAUCUUGGUUAAAUCAACGUUUAGAUGAUAUUAAACCAUUGACAAAAGAUAAAUCUUAUCCACCAUUAGGUUGGUGGGAUAAAUCACGUCUACUGUUGCAUGGUCGUUUUUUAUUCGCUGUUGAUGCAAUGCAUUGGUUAUAUUCAACUAGUUUAAGUCCGUAUAAUUCAACAGAAUUUUUCACUUGGCAAUGGAAUCGUGUUGUUGUCAAUUGGGAAAAUGGAGUUAUACGUGUUGAUGGAGAUCUUGAUAUUGUCUAUCAAACAGCAUCAAAAUAUGAUGGGAUAUGUAGACUAUUUCAUUGGCCACGUUUAGAAAUGACUGUGAGGCUCGAUUGGUUGUCAUUACGUGAUCCUAAUGAUCAUCAUUCAGUGAAAUAUUGUUGUACAGAGAAUUUAUCCCCCUCAGAGCGACUACAGCAUGAUUCAUUCAAAUAUUUUCGAGCAAAUCGUCUAGCAAUGCAAGUGAAUUUCACUGUGAAACCACCGCCUACUGGAUCAUCUGGAUCAGCUGAUCAACGACCAUGGUGUUUAUUUUAUACGAGUGUAUUAAAAUAUGCUGAUAAAUUACGGGUUUGCCUUUCACAAAUUUCUCGACCUAUUCGUCGUGGAUCUUUGUAUAAUUAUAAUCCACCGAGGAAACCACAGUUUGGACGUUUAAUUCAAUCAUUGGAUUUCAGUUUCAAUUUACCUCAAUUAGAGUUAAUCUUUUGGGUAUCCUAUGCUAAACGUACUGGUGUACACCUAACAACUGGACCGAUACAAGUUAUUGGUAAAUUAAAACGUGAAAUAGAAAAUGAAGUUAAAGUCCGUCGAAUUAUUGUUGCUAAUAAUAGUAAUAAUAUUAAUAUUAAUAAAAUAUCAAAUAAUUUCUACCGACAACCAUAUUCAUCAACAGCUGGAAAUGGAUUUACUAAUAUUACGAUUAAUAGUACUAGUAUUACUAGUAAUAAUAAUAUUAAUUGUUCUUCAACCUUAUUACAUCCAUAUGUUAUGAUACCACCACGUUUACCUAUCCAACGUAAUGGACUGUCAAGACGUCCAAUCGCCAGCUGGUCUGUAUUACAUUUAUUCGCAAGUGUACAUGAUAGUGCAAUACGUCUUAGGCAUAGAGAUAAUCUACCUGGACCUUUAGUGCAAAUGUUACUUCAAUGCGUGAAUGAACAUCAAAAUCAAAAUAACCUUUCACAGUCUGGCAGUUGUAGUCAUCAUAAAUUGAAUAAGCCUUCUGUUACUAGUGAAUUAGAACAAGAUGCUGAAGAUAUGAAUGAUGCAGAAGCCUUUAUUCUUGUCCCAUUGUUACGCUAUCAACAACUAUGUCCAUCAGUACUGCCACCGAAUGUCACUGUUCGUGUGCAUAUACCUGGACCACGUUCAACAACAAUGACCAAUACUAACAACACAACGGCAUCAACAACGACAAACACGACCACCACCACUACUAAUUCUACUACUACUGUCAAUAGUAAUACGAGUAGUAAUAAUAAUAGUGAGAAUGGUGAUUCAACAAGUCAUAACAUCGAUCCUACUGAUGAUAGUUAUUGUAAAGGUUCUGAAAGAAAUACACUAACUGCCGCUGUGACAGCCAUGAAUAUUACCUCUGUUACACUGACACCGACAACAGCAACAAUAAAGGCAACUGUUGGCUUACAAUCUGAUGAAAAGAGUCCGUACAAAAAUAAACUGUCAUCUACUCAAGACAAUGUCAAUACUGCAAAGAUGACAGCGACAGAUAUGAAUGGCAAUCGGGUAGGCGCCGCUAAAGACGUCGUAGAUGCUACCUGUGAGAAGCAUCAGUUAACCCAUGAAGAAUUGACUCCUGUUCAUCAUCUUGAAAUUCAUGAAUUUAAAAUGCGUUGGACUGAGCAUAAUCGUAAUUUAGUGUACAUUCUAAUGGAUAGUUAUCAACAUGCACAAUCAUUGAAAAAGAAUUUAUCCGCUCGUGCACUGCAUGGAUUUAAAUUGCAUCCAGGUCAGACAGGGACAGGUACAACAACGACGACGGCAACAACAACAACAACAACAACCACGACAACAUCAGCUGUUGGUGGUGGCGGUGGUGGGGUUGGCAGCAGUGGAGGUUUUGGACUUGGAAAGUUGAGUAUUGGUGGCAGUAGUGCCAGCAGUACUGUUCUUAGCCGAAAUGCACUUAGUGCUAUACAACUAUCAAAUAGUAAUCAAAUAUCAAAUAUGCACUACAAGUUAUCAGAUUAUGCAGACAAGCGAUCAGGUGUUCUGCACACUGGAUCACAUCGUCUAUUAAGAGAUAAUGAUCAUGCCGUAAACCUGCUCGAGACUACUGAUCUUCUAUGUGAUGAGGCAGCCAACAUUCCAACUUCUUCAACAGCAACAACAACGAAAAUUGAUGCAGCUGUCGGCAAAGAUAAUCUUCUUAAUGAUUAUGAAUUCAUAUCUAGGAAGUAUUCUUCAUCCGAUGCAGAUAUAUCAAUAGGUGGUGGUGGUGGUGGUGGUAUUGCUGAUUCACCGUCAAUAUCAUCACGUAAAUCAAAAGCUUCUCAUCUAGAACAAAUUCCAAUGUUAGCACAACUGUUAGAAGAAGUUGAUACUGCACGAUUUUAUGCCUAUUGUGAAGAGGAGCCUAAACAGACGGAUGUUGUAUCACAAUUACAAGGAUUAAAUAUAUGUGCAUCCAGUCUGGUAGCUGAGCGUAAUUGGCAUUUGGAAUUGAUCAAUCCUCAGUUAUUAUUAAAAACAAAUCAUUUAGCUGGUUAUGUAUUGGUAUCCGCAGCGAGGGCUAAGUUGGAUGCAUUAACCCAUCCACCGAUAUGGAAAGAUUCUCAACUAUUGAAUAAAUCCAGUCUAGUUGGACAUUUAGAAUGUAUGCAAUACUAUGCUACUGUUGGGCAGGUUCUUCCAGGUACGCCUGAUCAAUGGUUGUCAACAGCUGAUGUCAGUGAUUGGGCACAUCAUGGUUUAAAUGCCGAUGAAGAUGCGCUGAGUGGACGACCAGAAGUUGUUGGUUGUGGUAGAUCAGUUGGUGGUGUUGUAACAGCAUGUGUUGGCUUCCCACAGAAUAUAUCAAGUAAUAAGUCGUCAUUACUAGCCCGUCAAAGUAUCAUAAAUCAUACCGGUUUCACAGCUAACACUUGUGGUGGUGUUGGUGGUAUGUCAGCUGAGGCAAUCAGCAGUGGGAAUACGAUAUUUGUGAACAAUAAUAAUUUUGGUACUUUUUCUACUACUAAUGCUAAUAAGAUAACAACAGGUGCUGUUGGCGAGAACAACACUAAUUGCAUUCGACCUAUACAACUGCAAAGGAUGAUAUCUCGUUGUUCAUGUGAAGUUUUCUACAUUCAUUAUGAACCUGCUGAUCCAGCGAACUUACCACUACCGCAUUUAAUUCCACCUUUAUCACUUGAUGAAACAGAAGUAGUGCAUAAUCCAGAAGGAGCAGAUACAGUUACUCUAUUACAUCAUACAUUAAAUGUUUUUACAAAUUCUCUUCAAUAUCAUAUGAUUGUUGAUAUUGUAAAUGAUCUCCUCCUGUAUGUGGAACCACAAAGAAAGGCUCAAUCAGAACGUAAUCGUGUGGCUUUUGGUUUAAUGUCUGAAUCACAAGUUCGAUUGGCUAUUCUACGUGAUCAAGAGGCUUUGCGUCGAAUGAUAUUAGAUCAACGUCAUUUAGAGCGUUAUUUAUGGUCAUAUGUUAGUCAAACAAUGCAAGAGCUUGGGUUGAAUACACCAAUAGGUUAUCCUAAUUCUUUUCAAUUUAUCAAUAAUUAUAAUAAUAACAGUAGUAAUAUUAAUAAUCCUAUUCUAUCCACGCCGAAUACCUCUAUGGAUUCAACAUUUUAUGAAAGACGAUCAUCAAAUAUUACAUUGAAAUUAGUGAAUUGUAUUCAAGGGGCUAGACAUUUAGAGACUCAAAUCAAUACACUGAAGUCAAGUAUCAUCGAUUUAAAUGCCAUUCUAUCACAACGUUUAGCGCAUUAUCAACAAUUACAAAUACAAGCUCAACGUCGUCAUAUACGCAAAGCGAUGUCAUUUAAGCGUCAUCCAGUACAAUCUACAGCAUCAUCGUCAUCAUCGUUCACCAAUGAUUUUCCUCUUACUCCAACAACACUGGCGACUACUCUGGCUAGCGGUUUUAGUGGAUCAGGUGUUACUAAUCUUAAUUUAAUACCGAAGCAAUCUAAAGAAGAUUUCAAUCGAUAUUCUCAAUUAAGCGCUGAUUCUGACUCGUAUCUACCUGCCAGUAAUAAUCAUAAUAAUAACAAUAAUCCAAGUAGCGGAGGUGGGUUAAUUGGUGGUCGAGGUAAUCUACGCCGUGCCUCAUCAACAGACUACUUAAUUCAUACAAAUAUAAAUAGUAAUAACGGUAGUACAAAUAUUAAUUUGAAUCAAAAUCAGUCUGUUACAGAGUCGAUUUUAUCUGAGAAUGUGAAUAAAUCGAUUGAUAAUGGUAGUAAACCAGCUGAAGUGGUUAGACGAAGUGAGGUUUGUUUUGAGCAUGCAAGAUGGCGUAUGACUGAGCAUGAUGGACAAAUCGGUUUAGCUGAUGUUGAAUUACGUGGUUUUAUUUAUACAAAAAUUAAUCGUCAAGAUGAUUCUGGUUCACAUCGUUUAGAAUUAGGCUGGAUACGUGUUUCUAGUCUAGCACCGAAUUCUUUUUAUAAAGAAGUUUUAGCACCUGAUGUUUCUGGUGGACGAUAUGCCGGAGGACCUAUACUACGCAUUGCGUGUUCUGCUUUAGCACCCGUCGGUGGAAUAUCUGUCAAAGAAGCUAUGGAAAUUAGUGUUGCACCGAUUGUACUUCAGAUGAGUAAACAAUUCUAUCGUAUAAUGAUGCCAUUUUUCUUCCCUGAAAAAUCUGAGGAAUCAAAUGCGACAACAACGACAACAGCAGCAGCAACAACUUCUACUGCUAGUAGUACUCAUCCUGCUGCCGCUGCCACUGCUCCUACAACUACAAUAAAUAGUUCUAUGAAUAAUCAUUCAAUUAUACUAUCCAAUCAAAUGAAUGACGCACUAACCAAUACUGGUUUAAUGAUCAAUCCGUCUGGAUCAUCACAACAAUUUCUGAAUUUAUUACAGUAUGAAUGCAUGAAUUCAAAUGCAUUGAGUGGUGGGGGUGCUGGUGUUGGUGUGGGUGUGGGCAGUAGUGAUAGUUCCUAUCAUCCUUUAGAAUCAAAUCCAGAUAGCCAGAACUUCUUAGAUCCAUCCGUUGACAAUAUGAUUAUGUCGCGUAAAUCAUGGAUUCGGCGUUAUCUGUCCAGGUAUUUUCCACAUCGUCAACAAACAACUGCCAGUAGUAGUGGUGUUCCUGCUGGUGGUGCAGUAAACAUCAAUGAGAAUGAAGCAGGUCAACAGUUAAAUAUUUCUCAGAAAUCCUCUCAACCGAUGGAUAAUACCGUUGAUAAUACCUCAUCGUUGUCAUCUCUACCACUAUCACGGUCAUCACCAUUGUCCGCGUCAAAAACAACCCCAGUAGCUGUGUCAGCAUUAACAAAACUUCAAUCACCGUCUAAUUUGACUAUAGAAGCUGCUAUCUCUGGACGAAAUUAUUGUAGUGUAAACGAUGAUGAAUGGGUGAAUGAUACAGUCAAUUCAUCGACCUUCUUAUUACCUAAUAGUUUAUUACAAAAGAUAAAUAUGAGACGGAAAUUCUCUCUUCAAAGUGGAGAUUAUCAAUCCAAAGAACAUUUACUCCUUACACAAAUGGGCUAUACAACAAAUAGUGGAUUAUCAAGUCAAUUGAAUCCUGAAAGCAUGAAAGCCUGUUAUUCUCCUUCUGAUAAUACAGAUCUCUUAUUAAUGAGAAUGAUGAUGAUGGGAGGAACACACAGAGAAGAACCUCAAUCACAUAUUAAUUUAUGCACACGUUGUAUACCACCGCAUUUGAUAACUGGUAGUAGUAAUCAUUGUGGUCAUCCUUCUUAUCAAAUGAUAACAUCAGCAUAUAAUCCAAUGGAUUAUAGAUCUGUAACAAUUGAACAGGCUAUGAAUCAGAUUAACAAUAAUAAUAAUGCUAAUACUUCAAUCCCAUUGAAUCCAGUCGAUGUGAUGAGGGAAAGAGCUCGUCAGAACAAUGUAUUCUUGUAUAUUAAAAUUCCUGGCUUCCCAAUACGUUUAAGUUACAAGGGUGAAAAACAGAAAAAUAUAACUGAUGUAACCCGAUUUGAAUUGUUUAUACCUACACUGGAAUAUCAUAAUUGUGUAUGGACAUGGUUAGAUUUUGCUAUGGAAGUGAAAACACGAAUACGUAAACAGCUUGUACGAGAAGUGAUAAAGAAGAAAUUCACCCCACGACGUCGUUUACCAUUUCUACGCGGUGGUGGUCCUAAUCAGAAUAAUAAUAAUAACAAUAAUAAUAAUAGUGGUGUUAGCUGUAAUAUUACUCCUCCUCCUACUACUAAUACCACUGUUGCUCCACAAUCACUUAAACUGAAAGCAUUGAGUAACAGUAGUGGCGGUGGGAGUGGGAGUAGCAGCAGUCUUCUACCCUCCCCUGUAGGUCGAUUCAGUUCAUCCUUAUCGACAAAUCUGUCAGCGGUUACUGCUGAUAUUGAUUCAACUGCAGCACAAGAAGAAAAGGCUCAACGGGAAUUAGAAAUGAUACUUGGUCGGCAUGCACAAAUACAACCACAACAAGCCACCAGCAGUGGUGGAGGUAAACAACGGAGGCGAAGGAAAUCAAAAGUAUGA